AUGGGCAGCCCCUGGAACCGCAGCGACGGCGCGGAGGGCGCCCCGCUGCCCUGUGACGAGCGUCUCUGCUCGCCCUUCCCCCUGGGGGCGCUGGUGCCGGUGACCGCCGUGUGCCUCGGUCUGUUCGCCGUCGGGGUGAGCGGCAACGUGGUGACGGUGCUGCUGAUCGGGUGCUACCAGGACAUGCGGACCACCACCAACCUGUACCUGGGCAGCAUGGCCGUGUCCGACCUGCUCAUCCUGCUCGGGCUCCCCUUCGACCUGUACCGCCUCUGGCGCUCGCGGCCCUGGGUGUUCGGGCAGCUGCUCUGCCGCCUCUCGCUCUACGUGGGCGAGGGCUGCACCUACGCCACGCUGCUGCACAUGACGGCGCUCAGCGUCGAGCGCUACCUCGCCAUCUGCCGCCCGCUCCGCGCCCGCGUCCUAGUCACCCGGCGCCGCGUCCGCGCCCUCAUCGCGGCGCUCUGGGCCGUGGCGCUGCUCUCCGCGGGGCCCUUCUUCUUUCUGGUGGGCGUCGAGCAAGACCCCGGCAUCGACGCGGUCCCAGACCUUAACGGCAGCGCGCCGUUCACCCCCUCGCCCCGCACCUGGCCGCCGCCGUCGCCGUCCCCGCCGUCGGGGCCCGAGGCCGCGGAGGCCGCGGCCGCCGCGGCCGCCGCGGCGCUGUUCAGUCGCGAGUGCCGGCCGAGCCCGUCUCAGAUGGGCGCGCUGCGCGUCAUGCUGUGGGUCACCACCGCCUACUUCUUCCUGCCCUUUCUGUGCCUCAGCGUCCUCUACGGGCUCAUCGGGCGGGAGCUGUGGAGGAGCCGGGGCCCGCUGCGAGGCCCGGCCGCCUCCGGGCGCGAGAAGGGCCACCGGCAGACGGUCCGCGUCCUGCUGGUGGUGGUUCUGGCAUUUGUAGUUUGCUGGUUGCCUUUUCACGUGGGCAGGAUCAUUUACAUAAAUACAGAAGAUUCUCGGAUGAUGAACUUCUCUCAGUACUUUAACAUUGUAGCUUUGCAACUUUUCUAUCUGAGUGCGUCCAUCAACCCGAUCCUCUACAACUUCAUUUCAAAGAAGUACAGAACAGCGGCCUGGAACCUGCUGCUGGCCAGGCAGUCCAGACAGAGAAGUUUCUGCAGAAGCAGGGACAUGGUGGGGGACACAGGAGGAGAUACUGCUGGCUACACAGAGCAGAGCACCAAAGUACAGACGUCAUCGACCAGCAUGGCCAAGCAAGUGGCUUCCUCCCACAACGUGGGGACUUCAGGGAAAACAGGUCUAUAGGGAAAGAAGGACUGCAAGUGGGCAACUGAUGCCAUUAGGAAGAAUUGGGAAGAGUGGUCAGCAUUUUGCAGAUUGAUCGGCAACUUUGUCAGCAUGAUUUUUUUUUUCCUUUUUUAAACCAAGCUACGCAAUUUAACCACCUCCCGGCAUACCCCUCAAGGACGUUGAUUUCAGCCUCGGGAAAUCCCACAACACAAAAUGUGCUCUGGGGAGGUUUUCUAAGUUUUCGUUCUCCUAGACUUUGCAAAUAUGAUUGCUCAUUUUCUGGUUAAUAAGUCAUACAGAGAGAUGCUGUCAUGAGACUUGUCUCCUCUGAGAUCAGGGGUGUAUUUGUAUUUUCAUGUUCUGGAUAUACAUGUAAUGGUGCAUAUACAAGGAGCCCAGGAUAAUUAGAGCUUUUAUUCAAGAAAUUAUUUAAUGCCUACAUAAGGUAGCAGAAUUUUUUAGAAGCAAAUGAAAGGAAUUGUGGGUAAAGGCCAAUGUUCAGGGGUCCCACCUCACUCCUGGCUGAGAACAAAUCAUAGAGUUGAGGGACAAUACCGUCUUUUGGAACUGCUGUGCAUCAGCAAGUGUGUUGCCACCCACUUGUCCCCGAGACUGCCCCCCAGGUUUGCCCAGUGCCCUGGCUUCAAGGCAGCGCCCCGGACACCGAAGCCUGAGGGCAGGGAGCAACUGCAGGGCUUGGCUUCCCUGCAAAGUGACUGCUAAUGACAUUUAUAAAGAUCGUUAUUGUGCCUUAUUUGCCUCCGCUUGGUGGGAUACGUAUUACCAUCAUUCCUGUUUUACUGGUGACGAAAUCGAGUCUUCGAUGUCCCAGGGUGGGUAUGAGUCUGAGCGCCAGUCUUUAGAUUCUUACCCAUUCCCGCCAUGAGACGCUGCUCUUACUGCAAAACACAGGAGUCAAUGGAUGUAAUCAGGGCUGAAAGAGAAUGUGUCCGCCUUUCUGACCAACAACUCUGUCCCUGUUUUGUGUUUUACAGUUUAAAACACAGACCUGUUUUCAGAGGGCUGCUGCCUGCCCCCCAAAGGGCCUCAUUGACUCCACCGUCUGUAAGAAUGGCGCCCCCUGCAGGCGGGCAGGGCACAGAGUCUCUGUUGUAAACUACAGACGGUGAAUCCAUAGAGUCCACUCAGCGUGCUGACAAAGGUCUGUCACUUUUACACUGACCAACCAAAUACAGUGAUGCCUUUAGGUCCCCGUGAAGGGUCCUGACACCCUGGUCCUGCCCUCAACUGGGACAGCAGAGAAGUCUUUCGUCUGCAUUGUGUCUCUGCCAAGUGGAGGGACAGGCAGAUAGUGGCUGCUUGGGGCGGCCGUCCCCAGACUGUACAUGGCAGGUAUUUGGUGAUUACUUGCAAAAAGGACUCUGUGGAGUCACCACAGCACGUAUCACAUCAGAGGUCCCAAGUUGUCGCACCCAGCUUUCCUUGACUUCUUUUGUCCCAGAACAAUCUCCCCAUCCUCCCUCCUCAAGAACUCUUUGAAACCUGGUGGACUGAGGAACACUGUUGGAGCCAGCAGGGUUCGCACAGGGGGGACGUGCCAGCCUUGUGCCCCGGCCACUCCUCGGCUUGGUGGCCCUUCGUAGGGGUGUGCUGGAGCUGAUGCCGCACACAGUGUCUCUGCUCGUGGGGGUUCGUCUGUGGGGCAGUCAGAUGAGGCCUGUUCCCUAUGGAAGGUCAUGGCUAAGAACCUUACUGAUAUCUUAAGUGUAAUAGAGCUAUAGAAGCAAAGACCUCUCCUUUGAGUUUUUUCGGUGAGAUUCCAGAAGAGAGGGAUUUAUAUCCCACUUCCCUGUGACCUAAGUGUGUUCCCAGGUGUGUGGGAGUGGGGAGGAUCCCCCUUCCUUCACCACUGGGUGCCUGAGGCGGAGGGUCUGAAGCCCAUCCCUCCUGCAGGUCACUGUGCAGUUGUUUCUGAAGUGCUGGCCUCACUCAUUAAUGGACUGUGAAAUCAGUGGACUCUGUCACUUUUUUUUUUUUGUAACGGGAAGGAGUGGGGCAAGAACAGAAUAGAGAAACCAGGCCUUCACGUGUGGUAAGGGGAACUGUUAUGUUGUAAAACUUGUUUCAACUAUUAGCCCG